AUGGGAAAAUCGGCUGCUUUGUUCCUAAGCUGUUUCGUCUUUUACAAUGUUUUAAGCAUUACCAAGCAAAAUGUUGAACAAUUGGAAAGUAAUGAAGUUUACAAUAAAGAUGUGAACACCGGGGAACCUCCAGUUAUUGAGAUGGAAAAGGUCGAUAAGGAAGAAAACAAGAAUAAUCCGGCGAAAGGAAAGAAAAAUACGGAUAAUCCUAGAAAGCCUGUUAAGUUGACAAUGAAACAAGGACUGCUAAUGAAUCAGGUCCUUUCUACUUACGUCAUGUCCGGUAUAAAAAACAAAAAAUGCAAAAAACACAUGGAUGAAUACAAGAUUGGAUUGAGGGCUUUUGAACCAUGGGCACUUAAAAUGUUCGACUCGUCAUCUAAAAUUCAAGCGGGCAUUCUUUAUGGAAAUUUAAUGGAUUAUGGGGCUUUUGAUCAGUGUUUAAAAAUAUAUCAUUACCAAGAUGGUAAUGGGUCAAUAUAUGGUAAAUUUUGUACAAUACAUAUACAACCAGAUGAAAAUUUAUUAAAAAUAAUAUCUGGUUUUAACAAUAUUUCCGACGCUAGAUUUGAAAGGGCAAAAAAAACAGUUAUGGAAGGAAAUCAUCUCACUUGGUCUGUUUGUGUACCCCACUCUUGUCAAGCUGACGAUAUCCUUCCACAUUUUAAUAAAACCAUAGUGGCACUUACCGAGGGAAUCAAUCUCAAAGUAUCACUGAAUGAUUAUCAAUGCACCUCAGCUUUGAAAAAAGUUAUGGUGGAGAAUUGGGAAUAUGGACCAUUAUUGUAUGUUUUCUCCAUUAUACUUGCAGUAAUUAUAGCAACUUUACUGGACAUUUUUGGAAAGAAAAAACGUCAAAGACAGCAUUGGUUUGUUAAUUCGUUCUCUGCCUGCGCAAACUUUGCCAGACUGGUGGAGAAAAACAGUAGGCCUUGCGAGUUAGGAUGCCUGCACGGAAUCAGAUUUCUGAGCAUUACGUACGUAGUGUACAACCAUCGGUACAUGGCCAGAAUGAUUUAUCCUACCGUCAACUCCUUUUAUUUACUCGAGUGGUCAUCAAAAUACGCCAGCAUGAUAAUCCUAGGAGGCUCGGUUUGCGUGGAUACCUUUUUAUUGGUAAGUGGCCUACUCCUAAGCUACAACUUCUUCGAUUACGUCACGAAACACGGCAAAAUCAACUGGUUCGCUUUCUACUUACAAAGGUAUUUCCGUAUAACGAUACCUCUAAGUGUGGCAGUAAUAUGGAACGCGAUUGCUAUCAGGCAUUUUGGAUCUGGUCCCCUUUGGCAACAAGCGCUGGCUAUGGAGGCAAACAAUUGUCGAGAAUUUUGGUGGAUAAGAAUUUUGGAAAGCCAAGUUAUCAGGAAACAUUACCUAGUUCCACAUACCAGAAGUUCAACCUACAUAAUGGGACUAGGUUUAGGAUACGUUUUGUUUAGAAUGAGAGAUAAACAAAUAAAGCUUAAUGAGUACACAGUAUUCAUGGGCUGGUUGAUUGGUUCACUUUUCUUGCUACUUCCUGUAUUUGGUACGCAUGUUUUCAACGACGAAACACAUCCAUACAACAGGUUGGAAUCUUCGCUUUUUUUAAGUUGUUCCAGAUCCGGUUGGGCUUUAGGAGUUGCCUGGAUUAUUUUUAGCUGUGUUUACGGUUAUGGAGGUAAUUUUAUUUCUUUAAUUUUGUUCUAG